AUGGUUAACAUUGCCACUAUUGGAGAUCAGAAAUACCUGAUAGAUGUAGGGUUUGGCUCAAACGUGCCUCACAAACAUAUCCCCCUCAUCCAGAAUUAUGAGUUUCACAAUAACGGAGAUUUACAUGGGCGCGUCAUUUAUGGACCGAUCACCCAGCAUACGAGAAUGGGACAACAACUCUGGCAGUAUGAGAUUCGCAUAGGGGACAGCGCAUGGACUCCUGCAUAUUGCUUUGCCGGGAGGGAGUUCCUUCCGAAAGACUUCACGAUAAUGAACUACUUCAUGAGCACGAACCGCGCAAGCUGGUUCACCUUUCAUGUCGUAUGCGUCCGGAUGUUGCUAGACGAGGAGGGUGAGAAAGUCGUGGGCGAUCUGACUCUGCUUAAUGAUACGAUUGAAAGACACUUCGGAGCAACACCUGAAGUGUUGCAAUCUUCCACCUCUGACGAGGAACGCGUCGCAGCUCUCGAGAAAUAUUUCCAAAUUACUAUCUCUGAAAUGGACAAGGAGAGUAUUCGACAUACCAUUUCAGAGACUUUAAGACUUUGA